UACUCCAUCGACGGUACCCGCAGAGACCCCCAAAAAUGGACGCCACCGUCGUCGCCAUCGCCGGCGACGGAGACCCCCGCCGCCGCCUCCUCAACCACGCCAGCGAGAUCCACCCCUACCCGGAAUCCCCCUCGCCCCGGCAGCCCCCAGGGACGGAUGCGAAGCCCGAGCGGAAGCCGCAUCGGGUGGCCUCGCUCGACGUGUUCCGCGGCCUCACCGUCGCCAUGAUGAUACUCGUGGACGACGCCGGCGGGGCGUGGCCGGGGAUAAACCACGCGCCGUGGCUCGGUGUGACGGUGGCGGACUUCGUCAUGCCCGCCUUCCUCUUCAUCAUUGGUGUCUCCGCCGCCCUCGUCUUCAAGAGAACACAAAACAAGAUAGCGACAUCUAAGAAGGCUGCAUAUAGGGCAUUCAAGCUUUUCAUCUUGGGUGUAAUUUUGCAAGGAGGAUACAUUCAUGGACGGCACAAUUUAACUUAUGGUGUCGAUUUGGAUCAUAUUCGAUGGCUAGGUGUGUUGCAGAGAAUAGCUAUUGGAUACUUUCUAGCAGCAAUGUCUGAGAUUUGGCUUGUGAACAAUAUUUCAGUGGAUUCGCCAGUAUCAUUUGUGAAGAAAUACUUCAUGGAGUGGGUCAUGGCCAUAAUGAUUUCAGCUCUGUAUAUCAGCUUGAUAUUUGGCCUCUAUGUUCCAAAUUGGGAAUUUAAAGUUCAAACUAGCAAUUUGACCUUUUCAAAUGGAAGCAAUGAAAUUGGAUUCAAAACAGUCCAGUGUGGACUGAGAGGUAGUCUUGGACCACCUUGCAAUGCAGUUGGCUUUGUUGAUCGCGUUUUACUUGGCGAAAAUCACCUGUACAAGAACCCAGUCUAUAAGAGGACUAAGGAAUGCAGUGUUAAUUCCCCUGAUUAUGGAGCCCUUCCUCCGAAUGCACCAGACUGGUGCCUGGCUCCAUUUGACCCUGAGGGUUUAUUAAGUACCUUGAUGGCUGCAGUGAGUUGCUUUGUUGGGUUGCAUUUUGGACAUGUUUUGAUUCAUUGCCAGAAUCAUUCACAACGAAUGUUGUCAUGGCUGCUAGCUUCAACAGUGUUAACAGCCUCAGGAUUUUUACUACAAUUAUCAGGCAUGCCUUUCAGCAAGCCUCUGUAUACAGUGAGCUACAUGCUUCUAACCGGUGGAGUGUCUGGAUUCCUUUUGUUGCUGCUAUACUACAUUGUCGACGUUAUCCAGAUCAAGAAGCCAUUAAUUCUGUUCCAGUGGAUGGGCAUGAAUGCGCUUAUAGUCUAUGUCCUGGCUGCUUGCGAGCUGUUCCCGACACUACUUCAAGGGUUCUACUGGCGGUCACCUGAGAACAACCUGGUGGAUGCCACCCAGUCUCUGCUUCAGAUCAUCUUCCAAUCAAAACGUUGGGGUACCUUGGCGUUCGUCCUCGUGGAGAUCAUAUUUUGGUGCUUGGCCGCUUGCUUCCUCCACAUGAAAGGCAUAUAUCUGAAACUGCAGAAAAACAUUUCUGCCCGUGUGAUGAUGUAGCCACCGUCCCUGUAAAUAUUGGACCAUCACUCCUGUUAUUGAGUUGAUCUCCUGUUGUACAUCAUCUGUAAACUAGAUGCGGCCAGACAAGGUCAUCUUCUAUUUCGCGUUUGUUGUACUGGACAUGGAAUUGCUACUCCCUCCGUUCCUAAAUCUGUUGUACUUGAUCAAA